ACUGAUAAUGGAUACGCAGCCGGAACAGCAAGUUGACCAACUACUUGCAGUUGGAGGCUUGGAGCUCCUCCUGCUGUGUAACGGAUUUCUGUUUCAGUUUCGGAUUCCGGAGUUUUUGAAAGACGCCGGAGGCCAGAGGAGACGUGGAGACGUGGAUAGAUUACGUGAUGGAGAAGGCCUUGGGGCCGCACUUCUCCGGCUUCCGUACUCCCUCCGCCGCUUUCGCCGACGCCAAUGCUCCCAGGCAGCCCUUCGUCAUUGGAGUCUCAGGAGGUACAGCUUCAGGUAAAACAACAGUAUGUGACAUGAUCAUCCAACAGCUUCAUGAUCAUCGUGUUGUUCUUGUCAAUCAGGAUUCUUUCUACCGUGGUUUAACACCUGAAGAAUCAAAACGUGUGCAUGAGUAUAAUUUUGAUCACCCUGAUGCUUUCGACACUGAGCAGCUAUUAGAUUGCAUUCAGAAGCUCAAGAGUGGACACUCUUACCAAGUUCCAAUUUAUGAUUUUAAGACACAUCGUCGGUGCUCAGAUAGUUUCCGUCAGGUAAAUGUAUCAGAUGUUAUUAUCUUGGAGGGAAUUCUUGUUUUUCAUGACCGGCGUGUCCGCAACCUUAUGAAUAUGAAGAUUUUUGUAGAUACAGAUGCUGAUGUGAGGCUUGCUCGUAGAAUCAGGCGUGAUACAGUUGAGAGGGGUCGGGAUGUAAACUCUGUACUUGAACAGUAUGCAAAGUUUGUGAAGCCUGCAUUUGAUGAUUUCAUUCUGCCAUCAAAGAAGUAUGCUGAUGUGAUCAUUCCCCGGGGAGGUGAUAAUCAUGUUGCCAUUGAUUUGAUUGUUCAACAUCUCCGCACUAAGCUUGGUCAGCAUGACCUUUGCAAAAUAUAUCCCAACGUUACAGUGAGUCAGUCAACAUUUCAGAUAAGAGGGAUGCAUACUCUGAUCCGAGAUCGGGAGAUUUCAAAGCAUGACUUUGUCUUUUAUUCUGAUCGCCUUAUUCGUCUGGUUGUGGAGCAUGGUCUUGGAGAUCUGCCAUUCAAUGAGAAACAAGUAGUUACACCAACAGGAUCAGUAUAUACUGGGGUUGAUUUUUGCAAGAAGCUGUGUGGGGUGUCCAUUGUUCGAAGUGGUGAAAGCAUGGAAAAUGCAUUACGUGCAUGUUGCAAAGGAAUAAAAAUUGGAAAAAUUCUGAUUCACCGUGAUGGGGAUAAUGGCAAACAGCUAAUAUAUGAAAAACUUCCCAAGGAUAUCUCUGAACGGCAUGUACUGCUUUUGGAUCCAGUUCUUGCUACAGGGAACUCUGCCAACCAAGCCAUUGAACUGUUGAUACAGAAAGGAGUACCAGAAUCCCACAUUAUAUUCCUGAACCUAAUAUCCGCCCCCGAGGGAAUCCAUUGUGUCUGCAAACGUUUCCCAUCAUUGAAAAUUGUCACUUCGGAAAUUGAUGUUUCAUUGAAUGAAGAGUACCGUGUCAUACCAGGUAUGGGUGAGUUCGGAGAUCGUUACUUUGGAACAGAUGACUGAUCAAUUUUUGGGGAAUACAGAUUGUUACUAGUAUAUGUUCCAUAGUAUUCUGAAAAAACAUUUGGGUUAUUGUUUUCUAACCAUGUAAACCAACCACCGUCUGAGCUGCGGGGCACCAUCAAAUGUUUCAGGCUUUCAGCAUAAUUCUAGUACAAUAAAUGGAUUUCGAAUCAUUGGUUGCCUUCAUGUUUCUUUAAAUGAUUCUUUCUUUUAUGAUUAUGAUUAAUAUAAUGGAUAUUUUCAA